AUGUCGUCCCUUUCUUCAACCUAUAAAGCCAUCCACGGAUCGCCUUCAUUCAGUGGCCACAGCUCUGACCUGGUCGGGCUGAGCCAAACCCAGGGACAGACUUUGUGCUCUGAGCUGGGUCUGAUGGAGAUGACAGACGUGGAAUGUUCACACCUCCAGCACCUUCUCCACGCGCACAUGGAGGCGCAGACUGGGCCCGAUGUCAGACAUCUGCCCCCUGGGCUGAGGGUCAAAGACCCCUCUGGCCUCACGUCUCCCGAGGCCAUCGACCUGUCCACGUCCAGUGAUGACUACUGUCUGGUGAUGUCCGGGGAGAAAACGCCGGUGGCUUAUGCCGAUGUUCCAGGCUUUGUGCUCGCCAGAAUCCGAGAUGAGGAGGGCCCCUGUGAACCGCCAUCCAAGAACCGAAUGUUAACACAGAAACAGUCCAGACCAGGUGCCAGAGUUUGCCUGGAGAAAAGAUUUAACAGCAUGUGCGCUGACACCUCAAGACAGCAAGAAAUUCACUCUGCAGUUCUCAGCAACUUUCUGACAGUUCUUCAGCAGUCGACAGAAUCUCAAGAGGCAGUCACACAUCCUCAAAUGCAGAAGUGGAUGAAAGCUGACAGAGCUAAUCUUUUUGAAGCUCCUAGCUCAUACCUCGGGAGUGCUUUUGACCCAGUAACCAACAUUUGUGGUCAGGUUUUUGCACACAUGGUUGAACCGAGCAAACCUCCGAGUUUAAUCAUCCCCAAGAGUUUUGCAUUCAAUUUUCACCCAGAGAGUCUUUUUGCGCAGACUUUCUGCCCCAACAGCUGCAACUCAAGAGAAGAGCAGCUGCUGGUGCAAGCUGGAAAGGAUGUGGCGAUGCCUGCUGCCUACAGAAAUCCUCCCAGCGGCCUGGACUCUCAGCCCAGAAAGGCUGUGAAGGCUGCCCUGUACCCGGGCAGAGAGCCCCAGAGCGCCGGCUGUAAGAAAGCUCGCUCCUGUAUGUCGCCCGGCCAGCGCCGGGAGAGACACAACAGUAAGGAGAGGGAGCGCAGGAAGAGGAUCCGCCUGUGCUGUGACGAGCUGAACACCAUGGUCCCCUUCUGUGACCCCGACACCGACAAAGUCACCACCCUGCAGUGGACCACGGCUUACGUGGGAUACAUCAAUAAAAUGUAUGGAGACACCUUCAAAGAGGUCAGCCUGUGCGGCACAGAUUUGGCAUUAACGUUUUUUCUCUUGCAGGAGUUUCAGAAGGUCUUCAGUCAUGAGAGAGGACUCUUCCUUAAAUCCAGCUCGUCUUCAGGCCAUCACCCGAUGCACCAGGAGAUGGACAAGAUGCUGAGCGCUCCCCGUGCAGCCGAACAAUAA